AUGGCUUCUUCACUGCAGGAUGCCUUUCCGGAUGCAGGCGGUGCUGUCUGCAGCACCUUUUUCAGCUCGGUCGACCUGUCUGAAAAGCUGUGGGCGGGCAUUGAACGGCUAGCUGAAGCAGAUGAUAUCACCUUCUGGAUCGUCGUCACGAACCACGACCGAUUGCCAGUGGUCUUGGUGAACGUCAUCACCGCUGUAGACCACGCCCACAGCUCCCACUCGAAGGUGCAGCGCAACGCUGUAACACCAAACGACGAGCAGCGCGUCAUAGAGGUUCUCAUUCGUCUUGCGACUGGUACGGAUCCGUGCUUGCGCCGCCAUGUCGACCCGGCAAGCCUGGCAGCGCGACUGAGUGUCCUCCUGCCGUGGAAGCUGCUCUUUCCGGUGUCCCUGCUGCUGCUUCGUCAUAGCGGCGCUGCCGCCUCUGUCGCCCUCACCUCCCUCAUCCUGCUCAACCCUGGCUACCUUUGUACGCUCAACGUGUUCAUGCCAACCUGGUGGGACAGCGUCAACCGCUUAGCUGUGCGCUGCACGCGUGAGCUUCAGCGCGGCCGCUUUCAGCGCCAACCCGGUGACAUCCUCUCCUCCUUUGAGCAGGUGUAUCGCCUCACCAAGCAACUCUGGGCUGUGGUGCAGUGCGCCCCCUUUCUGUCAGACUACAUGUCCUUGCCGCGGACACUACGAGGGCUGCGGGUCAUUGUCGAUGUGCUGUCACCUGUUCUUCAGCAUUUUAUCAUGGUCUGCGAUGACCUGACACCUCGGCGGCCAAUCCUGAGCCGUGCAAACUCCGUCAUUGUUAAUGCCGCGAUCAACACAUCGUCGGCGUUGGUCUUGUAUCACACUUACACGACACAGGGACCGCAGCGGUCACAGAACUCGGACAGCUACUGCAUUCCACAGCUGAUCAAUCGCACCUACAAUCACUUGCGUGAGCACUUGCGUCAACAUAGCUGCGGCAUUGUUGUGGACACACUACAGGCGUACGGUAAUGGGUCAUUUUUGAGCCUCAUACACUUCCUCUACCCCUCAGGCCGAUUCGCUGACGAUGCGGGUGAGAAGGCGCUAGGGCAGGUAAUGCUCACCCUCACGAAGGACACCUCAGACAGCAACGACUUUGCCGACGCCGCCCGCGGCGCCCGGCAGCGAUUCUUUGAGCUGCUGCUCCUCGAGAUCGUGCGUCAGGGCGUGCACAUUGACGAUCUUCUCGCGCGCCGCCUCGUCACGACGGACGAGGCGGCGAAACUCGGCGCCUCAGAGGACACGAUUACGAGCGCACUGACCAAUCCGCCGGCAGGCAACGCCGUCACUAGCGCCGAGACGGCCGACGGUGGUCCGUUGCCGUCGUCUUCAUCACCCCUGCCUGCCGCAACGAGCACUGUCGACGAUCCUCUCGUCGCCAUGGUGAUGGAGGUGUUCCCCCAAUACAGCGCUGCUGGUAUUCGCGCUGCCUUGAACUUUUACAGCAAUGAUGUGGAGCAAUUUAUCAUGGAUGCGAGUAUGGAGAACCUGCCUCCGCACCUCGUUGGGCCAUUGACGGCAUCUGAACAGUCAGACGCAGAGUUGGCGGCAGAGGAGACCGGGAUGUGGAAACCUCCUGCUGCCGCCGCCGCCAGCGCUCCUGCAGCGCAAUCACCGGCGACGCGUGCCAACCCCUCAACGCACUUGGUGUUAAACGAUUUUGACGACAGUUUUGAGCCUGACGCACUCUACCGCUUUAUGGGCCGUGAUUUGUACGAAAUGCUGACAGGCUCCGACGGUGAUGACGGCUACACCGACGGCUGCGCGAAAGGAAACGAGAUGGACGAGGACGCGGCGUACAAGAUCACCAUAAACGAUCCGCAGGCCUACAUGUCCGACGCCUUUGACAUCGAUGAGGAGGUGAAGGCGAAAAUUCGCAUGCUGAACGAAAUCAUGUACGAAGAUGAGCUGGACGAUGGACAGCAAGAUGUGCACCUUGCAGGGGGUGACAUUAUUGACGACGCCUCCGGCGGUGACAGUGACGACAAUCGAGGCCGCGGGCGAUGGGAACGUGAGCGGCACCGUGGUGGUAGUACUGCAGACAGUCAGGCUCCCAGACACGUGGAUGCGGAGCUAUCGGCCGCCUUCGAGGGACAAGAGCAGGCUCCUGCAAGCGUAGUCGGCCUAGCUUCACCCCAGCAGCAACGGGAACCUCGCGACGAGUAUCACGAUAAACGCUACCAUGAGAAGCGCUCCAAGCAUCGCUUGGAGCGCACGAAACAAAUUCAGUCAGAGCGUACCGAACGUGUCCCUGCGUACGCCAACAAGAAAAAGACCUCGAAGGCAAAGGUUGGAGGUGCGAAGGGCUCUCUUCAGCGCGCUGUGAAGCAGGGAAAGUUUGAUCCCAAUGUCUGA